AUGGCACCAUCAGCGACUAACGGUGAUGGCGUCAACGGUAUCACCAAGGUGAACGGCCAGACGACUGGCACUCAGUUGAAGGCAACCGCCCCGGCAUUCCACCCAGCUGGCACACCAGACCGAUCAAAGUACCACGCCUCGACUUCCGACGAAGCCAUCCACGCCGAGCACGAAUAUGCCGCCCACAAUUACCAUCCUCUACCGGUUGUGUUUGCUCGAGCACUGGGAACCACCGUAUGGGAUCCAGAAGGCCGGCAAUAUCUGGAUUUCCUGUCCGCAUAUUCUGCCGUGAAUCAGGGCCACUGCCACCCCGAGCUGGUCAAGGCGCUUGUUGAACAAGCCUCCACACUCACCCUAAGCUCGAGAGCAUUUUACAAUGACGUAUUUCCCCGGUUCGCAGAGUUUGUCACCAAGUACUUCAAUUUUGACAUGGUUUUGCCGAUGAAUACCGGUGCUGAAGCAGUGGAAACAGCCGUCAAGGUUGCCAGGAAAUGGGGAUACAAAUCCAAGGGCAUACCACACGACGAGGCAAUCGUGCUUAGUGUGGCGGAAAACUUCCAUGGACGGACAUUUUCUGCCAUCUCCAUGUCCACAGACCCUGAAUCUCGCGACAACUAUGGGCCCUACCUACCCGGCGUGGGCAGCAUCUCUCCAGCAACCGGUAAGGUUAUCCCCUACAACGACAUCUCGGCCGUCCGCGCUGCAUUCGAAUCCCACGGCGACAAGAUUGCCGGUUUUCUCGUGGAGCCAGUCCAAGGCGAAGCCGGGAUCGUAGUUCCUGACGACAGCUAUCUCACUGAGAUCCGCGCCCUCUGCGACAAACACAACGUGCUGCUCAUCUGCGACGAGAUCCAAACAGGUAUUGCCCGCACAGGGAAGCUUCUGUGCCACGAAUGGUCCGGCAUCAAACCAGAUCUUGUUCUCCUCGGCAAAGCCAUCUCUGGCGGAAUGUAUCCAGUCUCGUGCGUUCUCGGCCGCAAAGAUGUAAUGCUCACCAUCGAGCCCGGUACACACGGAUCCACCUACGGCGGUAACCCGCUAGGGUGUGCAGUUGCCAUACGUGCUCUCGAGGUCGUCCGCGACGAGAAGAUGACCGAACGAGCAGAGAAACUUGGACAAAUUUUCCGCGAUGGGCUGAGAGAUCUGAAUUCGGAUUUGAUAAAGACAGUCAGGGGUAAGGGAUUGCUGAACGCGAUUGUUAUUGAUGAGGCAAAGACGAAUGGUCAUAGCGCGUGGGAUUUGUGUAUGUUGAUGAAGGAGAAAGGACUAUUGGCCAAACCUACGCACCAGAACAUCAUUCGUCUUGCCCCGCCGCUAGUCAUCACAGAAGAGGAAAUCAAGCGUGCUUUGGCAAUCAUUGCAGAGGCAGCCGCAGAACUUCCGAAUUUGAAGGGAGAGAAGGAGAAACAGGUCCUUCCAGAAGGAGAGAAGAAUGUUCACAUUGGCGUGGAUAAUUAA